CUGCAUGCGUCAGAGGCACACUUUCAUGUCAGUCGCUAAAAAUUGCUAAUCGUGCGGAUGAUUAGAUCAUGCGGCACUCUCGCGUGACCAACUAAAACGGCCAACAGGUAGAAAUACCUGUUCGGGUGCUGAUGAAGCAGAGGCAGUCAUGAGGGCCCUUCUGUGGCUCCUCCUCGCCCUAUGCUCCGUGUGCCUGGGCAACCCGGACGCGAAGCGGCUGUACGACGACCUGCUGUCCAAUUACAACAAGCUGGUGCGGCCGGUGGUGAACGUGACGGACGCACUCACGGUGCGCAUCAAGCUCAAACUGUCGCAGCUCAUUGAUGUGAAUCUGAAGAACCAAAUUAUGACCACCAACCUGUGGGUGGAGCAGAGCUGGUUGGACUACAAGCUUCAGUGGGACCCCCGCGAGUACGGCGGCGUUGAGAUGCUGCAUGUGCCCUCGGACCACAUUUGGCGCCCCGACAUCGUGCUCUACAACAAUGCCGACGGCAACUUCGAAGUGACCCUGGCCACAAAAGCCACUCUCAACUACACAGGCAGGGUGGAGUGGAAGCCGCCGGCCAUUUACAAGAGCAGCUGCGAGAUCGACGUCGAGUAUUUCCCGUUCGACGAGCAGACGUGUGUCAUGAAGUUUGGCAGUUGGACGUACGAUGGCUUCCAGGUGGAUCUGAGGCACAUAGAUGAGGUGAAAGGUUCAAACGUGGUGGAAAUUGGAGUAGAUCUUUCCGAGUUCUACACUUCGGUUGAAUGGGACAUUUUGGAAGUACCUGCAGUAAGGAACGAGAAGUUCUACACGUGCUGCGACGAGCCGUACCUGGAUAUCACGUUCAACAUCACGAUGCGCCGCAAAACGCUGUUCUACACGGUGAACCUCAUCAUCCCCUGCAUGGGAAUUUCCUUCCUGACGGUGCUCGUCUUCUAUCUACCCUCCGAUAGCGGCGAGAAGGUCAGCCUGUCCAUUUCCAUUUUGCUGUCCCUGACUGUGUUCUUCUUGCUGCUUGCCGAGAUCAUCCCCCCGACCAGUUUGGUCGUCCCGCUGCUCGGCAAAUUUGUGCUUUUCACAAUGAUCCUUGACACGUUCAGUAUAUGCGUGACAGUGGUAGUGCUCAAUGUGCACUUCCGGUCGCCGCAGACGCACACAAUGGCCCCCUGGGUCAAACGGGUCUUCAUCCACAUUUUGCCGCGGCUGCUGGUGAUGCGUCGGCCGCAGUACACCAUUGACAAAAGAGGGUUUUCACAUCACCGCGUGAUGGUGCGUACGUGCAACGGCCUCGAGCUGCGCGACCCGUCCGUGUACGCGGGCAGCAGUGCCGCGGCCCUGCACGAGUUGGGCGUGCCCGCCGAAAUGCCCCUGUACCCACCCCCGCCCCACGACUACAACAGCGUUGUCACGUGGCCCUUUCUCAGGGACCUGUCAAGCUCGGCGUCGCAGGUGGAGCCGCUGUGCCGGAUCCACGGCACCCCUUCACACGCGCCGCUCGACUCGGAGAGCACCCCUGCGACCGAGGAGCCCCUGAUGCGGCCGCCGCCCCAUUGGCACCUUUGUCCAGAGCUUCACAAGGCCAUCGACGGUGUUCGAUUCAUCGCCGACCACACAAAGCGUGAGGAAGACUCUACCAGGGUGAAAGAGGACUGGAAGUAUGUGGCGAUGGUGCUGGACCGGUUGUUCCUGUGGAUUUUCACACUGGCCGUGUUGGUGGGCACGGCGGGCAUCAUCCUGCAGGCACCCACCUUGUACGAUGACCGAAUUCCGAUCGACGUGCGCCUCUCGGAGAUCGCGUCGACCACAGCCAAGCCGCACAUCGCCACUGGCCUAUAGAGGACCAACCGACGACGAGGCAACUCGAAAAGCGUCGCAUUUUGUUUUCACACUUUCAGAAGAUACAAGGACAGACACGCGCAGUUUGUUGUUUUUCUUUUGGACGAAGUUGAGAAAGAAGAAGAAGAGGCCAAUUUGCAGAUUUGCAUGGACGACGAAGCCAAACUCGUAGGAGGAAAAAAGAUGUACUUAAAAAAAUGAUAUAUACAUACAACACGACAGAUUUAUUCUUGCUCACUCUCGAACUUGUUAUAUUCCUCUUGUUAUAAAACUAUACAGUAUUGUAUUAUAUGACGAUGAAAUUUAGCGUGUCACAUAUCUUUGAUUGUCUCUCUUUUGUAAUAAAAGUAACGAAACUAAACAAAGGCUUGUUCCUAACCCGCAUGUCGGCAUGCUCAGCUAAAAACAAACACCUAAACGCAAACGCUAAACGCAAGAUGAUGGACAAUAUUUUCCCUUUCUCUCUCUUCUCUGUCUCUGUGUGCGGUGGAAAUCGAGGUGGCCCGCCCGCUUGCUUUUUGUCAACGACCACCAUCCUUCCUCUCUGCUUAUCUCACCCUCCACAUCUCUCUCCAACGGUCUUUCUCUCUGUUUUUAUUUCGUUUCUUACUUGCACACGAGGGAGUCAAAAACAGCGAAAUAUGCUUUCCUUCUUUUCUUCUCUUCUCUCGCUGCUUUCUUUCCUUGUCUCCCAGCCUGGGAGAAAUAUGAGAGGGCACACACAACUCAAUGGAUUUACGCAUACUUCUCUCGCACCGCAAAAAUGUGUAUAGCUUAGAGUGAUGUCGGACGAUUUUUAUGAGA